AUGAACUACCAGAGGAACCCCGACAGGACGAGAAUUCCAUCCUUCAUGAAGGAAUUAUCACUCCCCUCUAUCAGAAAAGGAGGCUUUUUCCAGAACACCACCGAUGCUGCAAGGCGCCGAAUCCAUGAAAUCCUCGCUAAUCGGCCGACUCCCUUGUAUCAGUUGCAAAGGGGCAUCUAUUUCACAAGGAAAUAUGUUUGGGCGGCGCCUGGGUCAAAAUUCCGUUUACCAAACAAGAUGUCGAGAGGCGAACUCCGUAAUUCCCAUCCAGCAAAAGUUAUAGCGGCUGUAGCAUCUGUAUCGAUUCGAUUCUCCUCGGCAAGUCUGCUCACUUCCGCUCGUUCGGCAUACUCCCCGAGCAUGCCUUCACUGCCUUCCUUACUUCUUGGGGGACGAGAUUCGACAUUUUUGAACCACGAAACGCUCGGUUUCUAUUUCUCUUGGCUAUAUGGUUUAUCCGGGGGAGAGAUAGAGCUUCAAGAAAUAGUGAAUGGUCUUAUCAAUACACAAAUGCAUAACUCCCCAGGAAUUUCGGUUGCCACCAACUAUUCGUUUCGAUUCAUUGAUUUAGACCGAACCAGCGACACCUCGCCCAUAACCGGCCAAAAAGGUCUUGACAGAGCCUCUGUGGGUAGGAAAAUCAUGAUCGGGAUAGCGGACCAAAAGCUAUGGAAUUUGGGUGUGGGUCUUUGGAAUACCCGGAAUAAUUUAAAUAGAGUUCCCCGGAGAAUCAACUCCGGGAAGGUGGCAACAGACAGCCUUUCUUCGCUCUUUCGUGCCAUUAACAGUGCUUGCUCCAUAGACAAAGCUCACAGCCUAGCUUUCUUCCUUCACUUAUCUUAUGAACUCUUUUAUCAGUACAGAUCAGCUUUCAACCUUCGGCCAUGCCACCAAAAUGAUACAAAAUAG